CUGCAUUUGUUCUUUGUCUGUACACGCAGGAAACACUCCAACUUGCUCUCUGUUCGUUUCGUCUUUGCCUCCCGGGUCGUUCUGUUUUUUUUUUCUCGCUCCGUCCACCUUUAAUUUUUGCCGAGUCUUUGGCUGUCUUUUGGAAAAAGCCAAAAGCCAAGCAAAGUAGCUCUUUCUAGUCUCAACAGCAACCCGUCGCGCUGCUUUUAUUUUCACGCAAUCCACCAAUGAGUGAUGCACCCUCUAUUAUAACCCAGGUCAACCGGGACGGCACGCCUGCACACACAGCAGCAGGAGGCAAAUCUGCCCAAAAAGCCAAGUACCCAGCAAGGCGAGGAAUCUGGUCGUUGCUGUUCUGUUGCGGUCGGGGCACGCAAGAAGCCGAGAGCCCCGAGCAUGUCACAGACCGAACAGUUACUGAAUCUCAAUCGGACUACAAUGGCGAACCCCUUCUUGGGCCACUCCGCAAGGAUGACAAAGGAAGGAAAUGUCUAGUAUUGGACCUCGACGAAACCCUGGUCCACAGCUCCUUCCGGCCCAUCCCUAAUCCUGAUUACAUCAUCCCUGUUGAGAUUGAAGGCAUUGUCCACCAAGUCUAUGUCUUGAAGCGCCCCUACGUGGAUGAGUUUUUGAAACGAGUCGGCCAAUUGUUUGAGUGUGUUUUAUUCACUGCCAGUCUUGCCAAGUAUGCCGACCCAGUGUCCGAUCUACUGGACAAGGAUCGGGUUUUGCGCUCGCGCUUGUUCCGCGAGUCGUGUGUGCAGCACCGUGGCAACUACGUCAAGGACUUGAGCCGCCUGGGUCGCGAGCUGAGCCAGACGGUGAUCAUUGACAACUCCCCCGCAUCGUACGCCUUCCACCCUGACUAUGCGAUUCCCAUCGUCACAUGGUUUGACGACAAGAACGACACUGCAUUGUUGGACCUCAUCCCAUUCCUCGAGUACAUUGCCAAAGUGGACAACGUCCAGACGGCGCUGCGUGCCAAGCCCCCACCGCGCUAAACAAGUCAAAAAGUGGCAACCCAGUCAUUCGGAGAGCAAAACAGGCGGCAAAUGCGGGAGGGGAGAAAGGGGGGUUUGGAAACAAACACACCUUUUUUCUUUCUCUUGUUCUUUUGUUUUCUGGCCUGUUUCUCGCCGUUUUCUUGCCAUCUUUUCUCGCAAGAGUGUGCGUUACGGUAUUCUUCCGCUAUUCGCCCAUGAUGUUUCUUAACGCUGUUAACCUUUGUUUUGUUUUGUUGCUGCGAACCAGCACGCGUUUAUAGCUCUGCUUGUUCGUGCGUUUCUCUUUUGUGGGGUGUGUUUGUGUGUGUGUGUGUGUGUGUACUGGAGUUUUCCCGUAUCGUGAUUGGGUUGUAUGUGUGGCUGUACCUUGGUGGCGAACUUUGGAUUUUUUUGGUGUCCUCCUCCAUGCUUGUUUUUCUGUUGUGUGGCGUUUGCGUGUCAUUCGGUGUAUUGUUGUCAAAAGAUUUCUUUUUUUCAAUUUCAUGAUGCAACGUGAAAGAGCUGAGAGAGAAACACU